CGGGGCCGCGGACACGUCGAGGGAGCCCAGCCGCCGCGCUUCCUCCCCGCGUUCCCGAGGCCGCGCGAUGCGCUGAGCGCCCCGGGCUCUGCCAGACCCGACCGACCGGACGCCCGCACCCGCCGCCGCCCCGGGACCCCGCCCCCGCUCAAGAUGCCCGGCGGCUGCGCGCUCCUGCUCGCCUGGCUGCUCUUCGCCGCGGCCCUUUCGGCCACCCCGGGGCUCGGGUCACCGGUGAAGGAAAAGAGAGGCUGGACCCUGAACAGCGCCGGCUACCUCCUCGGGCCACAUGCCAUUGACAACCACAGAUCGUUUCAGGAGAAGCCUGGCCUCACUGGCAAACGGGAGCUCCCGCCCGAAGACGAAGCAAGGCCAGGAAGCUUUGCCAGGCCGCUGUCCGAGAAUGCUGUUGUGCGCACGAUAAUUGAGUUUCUGACUUUCUUGCGUCUCAAAGGCCACCUCUUGGAACCCCACACACGUGAAAAACCUGCCAGAAAGGGCUCCCGUAGAAUUCCCUUGGGGAAGGCCGGGGCCCUGGGGUUCCUGCCGGACCUCCCGCCCGCAGUCUCCGCAGAAGACUGGAAACAGCCCUGAGGAAGCCCUCGAGAAUGUUCCUCCACACGAUGUCGCUUACGGCCAAACUCGGACACGACGGAUGGUGUUGUGCCAACUUACGUGGGGUGGCCAGUCCUGUCUUCUCUGCCCUGAUGCUGUGCCGUGUUAUUGCUGUUAAGAUUUUUUUUUUCCCGUUUGAUAAUUAUUUUGAGUGGCAAAAUAAAAGAUAGCAACCGCUUUCGAUGGUCA